AUGCGGGUUUCAAGUCGUCGGUCUGGGAUGAUCGACAUCUCCAAAUCAACGGUGUGGUGGAAAGCUUUAAUACUUGUUUGCUACCUAACAAGAGAAGUAAAUCGCAUUAAGAAAAUCCUAUGCAAGGGGGUUGACCAAGAGGGUGUUGGCAAGAAUCGAGAUCGUGACUUUCCAGGUAAAAAAGCGGAAAUGAAAGAUUCAAGACAAAUGACUACCGUUUUACCUGGAGAAGAGUCUGCUCAUCAGGCGAGUGAGCAGAUGGUGAAACCUAAGAGAAAAAGAAGCACGCCGGGGAUGCCUGACGCAGUAGAGGUGGAGGUGAUAGCAUUGUCGCCGAAAUCACUACUGGAAACGAACAGGUACGUGUGCGACGUGUGUGGCAAAGGGUUCCAGAGGGAGCAAAACCUGCAGCUCCACCGCCGCGGCCACAACAUGCCGUGGAAGCUGAAGCAGCGGGGAGCGGCGGAGGUGGUUAAGAGAAGGGUGUACGUGUGCCCGGAGACAACGUGCUCGUAUCACCACCCGUCUAAAGCUCUCGGAGACCUCUCCGGCAUCAGAAAACACUUUUGCCGGAAACACGGAAAACGGACAUUCAAGUGUGACAAAUGUAACAAAAUGUAUGCUGUCCAGUGCGACUUGAAAGCCCACAUCAAAAUAUGUGGCACCCGCCACUACCCUUGUCACUGUGGAGCGGUUUUCGCUAGGAAGGACAGCUUUAUAGCGCACAAGACGGUUUGUUAUGCGUUGAAGGUGACGGCGCCGUCAGCGAGUCGCCCAACCCCGUCAAAGGCGCCCUCUUCAUCGCUUGGUAUUGGUAUUGGGGAUAACGGCGGUGAAGAGGAUUUUAGUAGCGUUUUCCGGCUGUCGUUGAAGUCAGGGAAUAAUGAAGAGGAAGCGUUAACUCCCUCCGCCGCCAUUAUGGAGCGGCGGGUGGCUCUUUCGCUAUCAAGCAAUCCGCCGGUGCUGUCAGCGACGGAAUUGCUUCAGAAGGCGGCGCAAAUGGGGUCCACGUUGUCCAGUGGCGGCUCAUUCUUUGCAGGCUACGAGCUGGCCAUGUCUGCCACCUCAACACAGUGGGGCAUGCAUGCAAAUGCUCCUGAGCUUGCGCUUGAGCUCGCUCUCCGGCCUGCCAGCUCGGCCACUGCUUUCGCGGGCUCCAUCUUCAGCACCCAAACGACGCUUGAUUUUCUCGGCGUGGGACGAGACGCUAACCAAUCUUCUUCUUCCUCGCUGCUGAGCUCAACGAGUGAUGCAACCCCAUUUGGCAUGGGUUCAUCGUCUUCAUCCGGUGGAGCCCUGGGUAACCCGUGGGACGGGCAUGCAGAUCAGAACUGA